AUGGCGGGUUGUUCUAUAAAGGAUGUAUAUUUUAAUAUAUUUUCAGAUGAAACAGCUGUUUUACUAAACAUUAGUGAUAUGAUUGAUUUGGCAAUAGGAACGCCGGAGAUUGGAGUUGUAGACUUCGGCAUGCUGCAUUCAGUGCUGCACUGCCUCGCGCAGCAGUUGCGAGUUUCCGGGAAGAAUGUCGAGCUUCGAGGAAGCGUCGCCGUACUGCCUGUCGGACGGGAUAAAGCGCAUACUAUUGCUGUCAGCGAAUUUGUUGUUGACACCGACGCAACGGAUUCAGCAAAAAUUAUCAAAAAGGAGGAAUUAGCGCCUAACGAAUCCCCCACCGAUAAAGAAACGCUAUUAGUUGUGGAACGGAAAAAGUUUGCAGAUGCGAAAGCUACUUCAUUAAGGCAUGUGGGAAACCUUUCAGCUCUUGCAGGUGGUAUGGGAUCUCAGCGUAGUCGUUUACCACCUACAACACCCGGUGAUCUUUCAAAACCACGUGAAGUUGGUUCCUCAGAGAAGUUGUCCCUGGUGACAAUUAGCAAAUUUAAUAUUCUCGAAAACACUGUAGAGGAUCUUAGAAAUCGUGUUUAUGGAAGCAUACCAAAAAACGAAGAAAUUUUAGAAGAAGUGAGAUCACAAACUAAUCUCAAAGCGAUCACUGACAUGUGGACUUCUUUAAACGUUUCUUCAAGAUUGGAAGCAACCGAAGCUGGCCUUGCGAAGCUUAGCUCAUUAGUACAAGAUGUUAUAACAGAAACUACGGGCUUACAAGAUGAACUGAAAAGUCGACCAUCCAUGGCUGUUUCAGCUCUGACACGCCCUUCAACAGUUCCAGCUCCAUCAACAGUUCCAUCAGCGUUCGUUCCACAGUCACAGACUGAAGCUGUAGACGAUGAAACAGAGAACAAAUCUGACCUAGCGACGUUGCAAGAACAAUUAAACCGCUUAAGGGCUGACCUUGACAAUUUAACCAACUCCUUAUAUACCGCUCUCGGAGAUCAACUAACUGGAUUAGAUCGACGACAGUCAGAAUUUCCUCAACAAUCACCUGCUAUGAUAGCUGAACUUAUGCAAAGAAUUAACGACCUAGAAAAACGUCUGAAAGAAUGCUGUGAUAGCAUCGGUAAAAAUGACGGUGUAGUACAAGAUCAGCUAAAUUCCUUCCAAGAUCAAGUGGAGUACUUAAUGAAACAAGUUUCAUCAUUAACAGAGGAAUUAGCUUCCGGCAAACUGUCUCCCGAUCUUGUAAAGGAUUUGCAAGGUUUGAUGACUUUGUUCCAAACGGUACAAGAAAUGCAGGAGCAGUUAAAACAGGUGCAUGAUACGGCUCUCCAGCUGGCGAACGAAAAGGAAGACCGACAGUACCAUAUGAACAUCCUCUUAGAACAAAUAGAACUAUUGAAAACUAUAAAACUUGACCGUGAAGACAUGGUUGAAGCAAUGGCGGAUAAGGCAGACUUGCGUAUGCUAGCGCGUAAGGUGUCCCAUGAUCAAUUUGAGCUCGCCUGUGAUGACCUUUCGCGGGGUCUAGAACAUGCAUUAGGCAAACUUAACAUGCAAGAAGCUCUGUGGCAACAAGCUUUGGACGACAUUCAACGAGAGAUCGAAAUGAAACUCGACAAGAUGGAGUUGUCACCAGUGAAGGAAUUCUUCAACAGCAAAUUACGUCAGUUACAGGAGAAUCUCAAACAAAUGGCUUCUUUGAGACGGGAAGCUGAGGCAGCUGGAACAAAACGUCGCCUUCUCAGGGACGUAAACUGCAUAUCUUGUGAUGCCAACGCUGUGAUGCCGAUGGAAGCUCCAUCGACUGUGCCUGUCAGCAAACCACUACCAGCAAACCUUUCCAUGAAACCAUAUCUUAGUUAUGAACUAGAUGCAAUACGCAAGACGCAAGCUACAAAUGUACCGCAACGAAAUUUACACGACUGGGAGAAUAUCGAGAAACAAAUGACACAGCAAAAGCAGCCACAAAAAAUUAGGUCAGACACAGGAAAACACAUUUGUAACCGGUACUGUGGCGGGUCGCAUACGGUGACUACGGCGGCACAGCGCGUCGCCCGCCUCGGACACUUUAUGAAACAAUGGGGACCAGAUGUUGUGCCGCUGUCUUCAGGACUGGCUGCCGGUGAUGAUGGCAGGAUGUAUAAAGUGAGUACCGUGGAAGAAGCAAAAGUUGGUCCAGACGGGAAGACAGAAACGUGCACACCAAAAUAUCCUAAAAAGAUUGACCAACCGAAGAUACCUCAAAAACCCAUAACUGCGCAAGAAUGUCACUGUCUGGACGGAGCCUAAUAAUUAUUUAUAAUUUAUCUUUUCAUACUUUUUUUAUAUCAACUCAACAAAAUGAUUAAACAAUUAUUUUUACUUUCGAACCUUAUAUAUGUUCCAUGAAUAAACAUCUAAUUAUA